AUGAUCCAUGCACUUGGGGAAACGACAGCCACUACUUCUGUGCUAUACUCUACCACCGAGGUCUUGAAAUCAUCCCUCGUCGUCAAAGGGAUCAACACUCCGCGGCACAUCACAUUCGAUGAUCGUGGGAAUCUGCUGGUCGCGGGGGAUAGAUCGGGGAUUAUUGCAUUGGAGUUAGCGGAGGGGCAGGACGGGUGUGUGGAGGUGAUGAGGAGGGUGGUGGUGGCGGAGAAUGGCGGGCUGGACCUGUAUCAUGGGGUGGCAGUGAGUGGUGAUGGGCGGACGAUCUUUGCCUCCUCCACCACCACCGUCCACGCCUUCCCCUACAACUCCACCACCCUCAGCACCCUUCCCCCACCGCCCUCAUCACAAACCUCACCAACCCAGGCCACAUCACCCGCACCCUCUAUACUCCCCAUACACACCCAAACACGCUCCUUCACCCUCACAACCGGCCAGGACUUCACCACCUCUGGCACACUACUCGGCUGGGGCCUGCGCAAUAGUGUCGGCGUCGCGCAGGAUAACGUCGGUGGUGUAUGGUCGGUGGAGAACGCGCCGGAUAGUAUUGUGCUGGAGGGGAUGGACGUAAAUGAGAGGAAUCCGGCGGAGGAGCUGAAUUAUCAUGGGCUAUUACCUACCGCGCUGGAGACGCCAAAUUAUGUUGGGCCUAGCUAUGGCUACCCAACCUGCCUGACAGUCUGGGACCCCACCGUUCUCCCCGCCCCCUACAGCGCCCUCGCUGUCGGCGACCCCCUCCCCCUCCCCCCCAUCACCUCAUGCAGCAACACUACCGCCGCCACCCUCGCAUUCGACGCCCACACCGCACCCCUCGACAUCAAGUUCCACCCGACGCUCCCGGGCGCCUUCGUCACCUUCCACGGGUCCUCGGCGCGCAAGGAGCCGGCGGGGUACAAAGUGUCGUGGCUGCCGUUCAUGGACGACACACCGACAGGGGAGGUGUUGGAUGUGGUGUGGACGAGGAACCGCACGGGGUGCCCGGGUGCGUGUCUUAGGCCCGUGGGGCUAGCGGUGGAUAAAAGGGGACGGGUCUGGUUUAGUGCGGAUAGGAGCGGGGAGGUGUGGCUGAUUACGGUGCUUGGGGUGAAUGGGACGAAUGGGACGGAGUCGGGUGGGGUGGGGGAACUGGGGCGAAUGAGACUGCGGAGACUGGGACGAGUGGGGGUGGGGAAGCUGGGGGAUCGGGAUCGGGGUCGGGGUCGGGAUCGGAGCAGGAGUCGGCGGCGGCGGGGAGGGCGGGCUGGGGUGCGGUAG